GGGCAAAUGAACCUAGCUAGAACUUCGAAAGAAUAAUUCUCUAGUAACAUCAAUAUCAUGAGUAAUGAUAAGAUCACAUUUAAGUAGUCUAAGCACGAUUUUGAAAGCAUAAUCCUCAUUCAAAGUUUAUUUUUGUACUAUUGAUGGUGUUUAUUUCCUUUUCAAUGAAUAACAUUGAAUAUUAUCAGAUGAUAAAAUGGACGAGCUAGUAGAGAAUGCACCUGGGAUGAGUAGCUUCCUUCGAUAUCGUGGCCUUCCCACCUUCUGCCGAAACCAUGAUACAUCUUCGUGCCAGGACCUCAAGGACUGGUUAAUAGGCGAGAUACAACGAAACAAGCAAGCACACUCGUUCAUUCUCAACACAUUUGAGGAUCUAGAAGGUCCCACACUUUCCCUCAUUCGCUCGCAAUGCUCGAGAGUUUACUCCAUUGGACCACUUCAUGCUCAUCUCAAAUACAAACUCGACCAACAAAAAACAACAUUGUCCAACAAUUUCUCUAGUAACUUGUGGGAAGUUGAUCGAAGUUGCAUAUCAUGGUUAGACCAAAAGCCAAACAAAUCUGUUGUCUAUGUAAGUUUUGGUAGCUUAACUGUCCUCACAAAGGACCAGCUAAGGGAGUUUUGGGCAGGAUUAGUGCAGAGUAACAAGUACUUCCUAUGGGUUAUAAGGCCUAAUCUUAUUAUAGGAAGUGAACUUGACAAUUCAACCCCAGAUGACCUCUUGGAGGGGACCGAGAAGAGAGGAUGCUUAGUGAAAUGGGCUCCACAGAAAGAGGUCUUAGCUCAUCGCGCCAUUGGUGGGUUCUUGACUCAUAGUGGAUGGAACUCGACACUCGAGAGCAUAGUAGCCGGGGUGCCAAUGCUUUGUUGGCCUUACUUUGCUGAUCAGCAAGUAAACAGCAGGUUUGUUAGUGAAGUAUGGAGAAUUGGGUUGGAUAUGAAAGAUACAUGUGAUAGAACAAUAGUGGAGAAGAUGAUCAAUGAUUUAAUGGAUGGAAAGAAUGAUGAGCUUCAAAGAUCAAUGGAUAGAAUGUCAUAUCUAGCAAAGAAAAGUAUCUCAGAAGGUGGAUCCUCAUAUUCGAAUCUUAAUCAAUUAAUCGAGGAUAUUAAAGCACUGUCUAAGAAAGGGGAGCAUUAG